GUUAUAGUGUGUAUAUGUGUCUUGUAUAUGUGUCUUAUAGUGUGUAUAUGUGUUUUAUAUAUGUGUUAUAGUGUGUAUAUGUGUCUUAUAGUGUGUAUAUAUGUGUCAUAUAUUUGUGUUAUAGUGUAUAUAUGUGUUAUAGUGUGUAUAUGUACAAACAACCACAGAAAGUCUCAGCACUAACAGUUAUACCUAAAUGAUAGAUGAGUCUGUAAUUUCAGUGUGUAAAUCUUCAGCGUCAGCACGCCUUUCCUCUAAGCAAGUACAUAAAUACAAUGCAGAUAAUAAUGAAAAGCGUAAGCACUCACUUUUAUCUUCUGAAGUCCUCUGUAGUCUGAAGAAAUCGCCGGGAAACCAUGUUUAGGAUCACACUUGCUAGUGUUUUACUCCACCGCUGCACCCCAGACUCUGCUGACAAAGUGAAUCUCACUGUCGGAUCCUUCACCGGAUGUAGCGCUAUGCGCCCAGUCUCCUCCCCAGCUGAUACCUCUCAAAAAAGGACACUCUUCCUGUGGCAAAGCAGACAACAACAGUAUUUAUAGAACGUAAUACACAAAUUUUGUAGAUAAAGGAAGAUGGCGCAUGAAGAGUACAAGCCUCUGCUGGAUCCUGAUAGACACCAGAACAGGGAGGCAUUGCAGGACAGAUACCUGAGGAAGGUCCAGAACAACAAUCUGUAUUUGGCGACGUUUGCUGCAGUGCUGGGACCUCUGAGCUUCGGUUUUGUUCUGGGAUACAGCUCACCAGCUAUUACUUAUCUGAAGGACGCAGAAGACCCUGAAUUAGUAUUAGACAAGAAUUCAGCCUCAUGGUUUGGGUCCAUCGUAACCAUUGGUGCAGCUGUCGGUGGCCUGUUUGGUGGUUGGAUUGUAGAUAGAAUUGGAAGAAAACUCAGUCUGAUGCUUUGCUCUUUGCCCUUCGUCUUUGGUUUUACCGUCAUUAUCUGUGCCCAGAAUGUGUGGAUGCUGUAUGUAGGACGCAUGCUAAAUGGUUUUGCGAGUGGAGUCACGUCACUGGUCGUUCCGGUGUACAUUUCUGAGACGUCCCAUUCACAAGUUCGAGGGACUCUGGGGUCCUGUGUGCAGCUGAUGGUUGUCACGGGUAUAGUAGGAGCGUAUAUUGCAGGAAUGUUUCUGUCGUGGCGCUGGCUCGCUGUACUGUGCUGUGGCCCUCCUAUCAUCAUGCUGCUAUGUAUGUGCUUUAUGCCUGAGACCCCUCGCUAUCUCAUUAAUAAAGGCCAGCGAGACGAAGCCCUAUCCGCUCUCAGAUUCCUCAGGGGACCCCAGGCCGACCACGAGUGGGAAUACAGGCAGAUUGAAUCAAGUGGGGACCCUCAGGACACCAGCUUUCAGAUCGUGGAACUUAAGAAUCCAUCCAUCUACAAACCCUUCGUCAUUGGGAUUUUACUGAUGUUCUUCCAGCAGUUUACUGGAAUUAAUGCUGUCAUGUUCUACGCAGACACUAUCUUUGAGGAAGCCAAUUUUAAGAACACUAGUCUGGCGUCUGUAAUUGUCGGCCUUAUCCAGGUUUUCUUCACAGCUUUGGCUGCACUAAUAAUGGAUAAAGCAGGACGAAAGGUUUUGCUAAUUACUUCAGGGGUUAUCAUGGUACUCAGCUUAACACUCUUUGGGGUAUAUUUCAAGAUUAUGGAGAUGAACCUGCACAACUCCUCUGUGCUGCCCUCUCCCUCCUCUCUAACCACUGACCCUGGGGAUAACCUGGCAGCGCUGGCACUGGGCAGCAUGGCAUUCUUUAUAGCUGGUUUUGCUCUGGGUUGGGGACCAAUACCAUGGUUAGUGAUGUCGGAGAUAUUUCCUGUUCGAGCACGAGGUGUAGCCAGUGGUGUUUGUGUUGUUACAAACUGGGGCUGUGCUUUCCUAGUAACCAAGGAGUUUCAUAACCUCAUGGAUUCUUUGACCUCCUAUGGAACAUUCUGGCUGUUUGCUGCCUUUUGUUUGCUGAAUAUCAUUUUUACUGUGAUUUGCGUCCCUGAGACCAAAGGGAAAUCACUGGAGCAAAUUGAAGAUCACUUCCGAGGGUUACGAGCUGCAAAUACAAUUCAGUAGCGGCACAAGCAGGAGUAGCUCGGAUCCAGUACAGAGUAUACUGCCUGUAAGUUCUGGUGUUUCUCUGGAGCAGUCUGCUGAAAUAGAAGAUUACAGCGGUGAGGAAUGUGUUGCCUGUGGCCUAAGGAGAAGUAACAGCUGCUUGUUGGGAAUCCUACACCACUGUUUUACUUGUGGUUAAAUGACACUUUACACCUUUAUGCACAAAUCUAAUCGCUAAUGAUGUGUGACUAGCGCCCACGACUGCCCGUUGUAUUCUUUACACGUGCACACUUAGCAUUCUGUCUAACUUCAGUUCUCUGUCACAUCUCCCUAUUAGCUGGGGGGGUUUGUUUUGUUUUUUUACUUGUUUAAGUAUUUGCUACUGUGAUAAAAAACAACUUAAAAGUCAAGGCUUGACAAAUCCGGGAGUCUGGGAGCCACACAGCUCCUAAAAUAACCCUAAGGUUUUGCUUAUUUUUCCUACAUUUGUGUAAAGAUUUCCUGCUAGACAGUGUGUGGCUGGUUACAUAUGCACUUCUCAGUCUCUGCUGACAGACAUACAUACAUGCACGUGCACGAGCACACACACAUAUACAUACGCCUACACAUACAUAAAUACACACACAUAUACAUACGCACACACAUACGUAAAUACACACACAUAUACAUACGCACACACAUACGUAAAUACACACAUAUACAUACACACACACACACACACACAUAAAUGCACACACAUAUACAUAUGCACACACAUACGUAAAUACACUAUACAUACGCACACACAUGUAAAUACACGCACACAUACAUAAACAUACGUAUAUACACACACACACAUAUACAUAUGCAUACACAUACGUAAAUACACACACACACAUACAUACGCAUACACAUACGUAAAUACACACACACAUACAUACGCACACACAUAUACGUAAAUACACACUCAUAUACAUACACAUACGUAAAUACACACACACAUAUACAUGCACACACACAUAUGUAAAUACACACACACACAUACGUAAAUACACACACAUAUACAUUUGCACACACAUACAUAAAUACACACACAUACGUAAAUGCACACACAUACGUAAAUACACACACAUAUACAUACGCACACACAUACGUAAAUACACACACAUAUACAUAUACAUACGCACACACAUACGUAAAUACACACACAUAUAUAUACGCAUACACAAACGUAAAUACACACACAUAUACAUACACAUACGCACACACAUACGUAAAUACACACACAUAUACAUACGCACACACACGUAAAUACACACACAUAUACAUACACAUACGCACACACAUAUACAUACGCACACACAUAUAUAAGUAAAUAUGCACACACAUACGUAAAUACACACUCAUAUACAUACACAUACGUAAAUACACACACACAUAUACAUGCACACACACAUACGUAAAUACACACACAUAUACAUACACAUACGCACACACAUACGUAAAUACACACACAUAUACAUUUGCACACACAUACGUAAAUACACACACAUAUACAUACACAUACACACACAUACGUAAAUACACACACAUAUACAUACACAUACGCACACACAUACGUAAAUACACACACAUAUACAUUUGCACACACAUACGUAAAUACACACACAUAUACAUACACACACAUAUGUAAAUACACACACAUAUACAUACGCACACACAUACGUAAAUACACACACAUAUACAUACGCACACACAUACGUAAAUACACACACAUAUACAUAUGCACACACAUACGUAAAUACACACACAUAUACAUACGCACACACAUACGUAAAUACACACACAUAUACAUAUACAUACGCACACACAUACGUAAAUACACACACAUAUACAUACGCACACACAUACGUAAAUACACACACAUAUACAUAUACAUACGCACACACAUACGUAAAUACACACACAUAUACAUAUACAUAAGCACACACAUACGUAAAUACACACACAUAUACAUACGCACACACAUACGUAAAUACACACACAUAUACAUACGCACACACAUACGUAAAUACACACACAUAUACAUACACAUACGCACACACAUAUACAUACGCACACACAUAUAUAAGUAAAUACACACACAUAUACAUACACAUACACACACAUAUACAUACACAUACGCACACACAUACGUAAAUACACACACAUAUACAUUCACAUGCGUAAAUACACACACAUAUACAUACGCACACACAUACAUAAAUACACACAUAUACAUACGCACACACAUAUAUAAGUAAAUACACACACAUAUACAUACACAUACGCACACACAUACGUAAAUACACACACAUAUACAUACACACACAUACGUAAAUACACACACAUAUACAUACGCACACACAUACGUAAAUACGCACACAUAUACAUACACAUACGCACACACAUACAUAAAUACACACACAUAUACAUACGCACACACAUACGUAAAUACACACAUAUACAUACACACACAUACGUAAAUACACACACAUAUACAUAUGCACACACAUACAUAAAUACACACACAUAUACAUACGCACACACAUACGUAAAUACACACACAUAUACAUAUGCACACACAUACAUAAAUACACACACAUAUACAUACGCACACACAUAUAUAAGUAAAUACACACACAUACACAUACGCACACACAUACGUAAAUACACACACAUAUACAUAUGCACACACAUACGUAAAUACACACAUAUACAUACGCACACACAUACGCACACACAUUAUUGAAUACACACACAUAUACAUACGCACACACAUAUAUAAGUAAAUACACACACAUAUACAUACACAUACGCACACACAUACGUAAAUACACACACAUAUACAUACACAUACGCACACACAUACGUAAAUACACACACAUAUACAUACACAUACGCACACACAUACGUAAAUACACACACAUAUAC